UCAGACUACGCUUUAUUCCAGUGGACACCACGUCCUCUAUACUCUUUAUUCCAGUGGACACCACGUCUUCUAUACUCUUUAUUCCAGUGGACACCACGUCUUCUAUACUCUUUAUUCCAGUGGACACCACGUCCUCUAUACUCUUUAUUCCAGUGGACACCACGUCCUCUAUACUCUUUAUUCCAGUGGACACCACGUCUUCUAUACUCUUUAUUCCAGUGGACACCACGUCCUCUAUACUCUUUAGUCCCGUGGAUACCCCGUCCUCUUCCUGUGCGUCCGUGGAAGACGUCUUUUCCAUCUGUUUUGUGGUCCCCAGCUGUCCCUCUGCACUGGUCUUCAGCACCAUGGACAGCGCCUUGGACAGCCUGGACGCUGCGCGCUUCUUACAGAUCUGGCAACACUUCGACGUCGACGAUAACGGGUACAUCGAAGGGAAGGAGCUGGACGCCUUCUUCCAACACAUGCUGGAGAAAUUUGGGAUGAAGAGGGAGGAGAUAAACGAGGACAAAGUCAGAAGACUGAGAGAAAGAUUCACGUCUGCGUACGAAACCACAGCUGACGGACGUCUGCAGAUACAAGAGCUGGCCACCAUACUGCUGCCGGAGCAGGAGAACUUCCUGCUUCUGUUUCGCAGAGAGACGCCGCUGGACAACAGCGUGGAGUUCAUGAGGAUCUGGAGAAGCUACGACACGGACAGCAGCGGCUACAUCUCAGCAAUUGAGCUCAAGGGCUUCCUCCAUGACCUCUUCCUCCAACACGGGAAGUCCUUCACCCCCGAAAAACUGGAGACGUACACCGACACCAUGAUGAAGAUGUUUGACAAAAACAGGGAUGGCCGACUGGACCUAAAUGACCUGGCCCGAAUCUUGGCCCUGAAAGAGAACUUCCUACUGAAGUUUAAGAUGGAUGUAAGUGUGAAGAACAAAGAUAAAGACGUGAGAUGUCUCACUCUGCAGCUAAAACAAAGUAAGACGGGUGAGUUAGAGGGCCCUGAGGUGGAUGGAUUUGUCAAGGACAUGAUGGAGCUGGUGAAGCCCAGCAUCAGUGGCACGGCCUGGACAUUUCCGGAAAGCCCUGAGAAUUCACUGCGACGUUCACCGGAGACGUGAAAAUCCAGAAGAACGUUGGCGUCUACUUCCCGGCCUCACAACUCAGCUAGUGGACCC